GCGCAUAUCGCCCGACCACCGCGAUUUGUUGACCGUCUUAAAAAUAUUUAUAAUUGAAACAUUUAUAUUUGUUCGCUAAUUUUCUUAUUGCAUUUAACGUGGUCGCGCAGCUGCAAUCAAUAUAAGUACGAGACGUAUGCGCGCUACAAAAAAAACGAGUGCAAAAUAGUUUUGUUUACCUUUUUUCCCGUGCUGCUGUUGGAUAUCGAGAAAUUCGCUGCCUGCAACAUAUGUACACACACGUAUGUAAAUAGAUAUAUGCAUAUGUAUAUAUAUGUACAUACAUAUAUAUGGGCACAUAUGUAGAUGUUGUGUGCUGUUUGUGCGUUCGCGGAAAAUGGCAUUUAACAGAGAACAGUUAAGUUAAUGCGCAACGAUGCAGAUGCCGUCGCCUGCAGUUGCGCUGCCCACCAGGUGUUUAUUUUAAGAGUGGCCCCCAAAACAAAACAACAACUAAAAAAGAAAAACAACAACAAAAAAUAAGGAAAAACGUUUGACGCGCGAGCUGUUCACAUGGAAAACGUUGCCCAAACAAUUGGCUUUUCCCGCUCCCGCAGUCGUAGCCGUUGCUGUUGUUGGUCAUGAAUCUGAAUCUAAAUCGAAAUCUGCAGCAAGCCCCAACAAAGAAUGGCCUGAGCCGUGUUAGCCUGGUCAAAUCGCAGAGCAGCGGCAAGCUCAGCCACAGCAAUGAGGCCGCAACAACAACAACAACAACAGCAACAGCAGCAACAGCAACAACAACAAACAGUUUGCGCGCUGCCAAACUUAAGAUCGAGGCAAUGCAACAGCAGCGCAACACGGGCAACAUUAUCCUGCUGCGCGGCACACGCAACGAGAAUGGCCAGAUCAUCAUCCAGAACAAGCAGGACAUACUCAGCCUGCUCAGCGAACAGCAGCAGCAGCAACAGCAGCAGCAGCAGCAGCAGCAGCAGCAGGAUAAGGCAACUGCCUUGACGCUCAAUCAGCUGCCCACAACAACAACUGUGGCACGCAAAACAAUUGUCCAAACAGCCGGCAGCAACAGCAACAACAGCAACAACAACGGGAGCAACAGCAUCUCCAUCGUGGCCAGCACCGGCAAGGACUCCAACACAAUCCUGCUGCAGACGCCCAUCAAUGCCAGCCAGCUGGAGAGCGUGCUCAAGGCGCAGGUCAACUCCAGCAGCAACAACUCCAACAACAACAACUCCAACAGCAACUCAAACAACAACAACAACAGCAACAACAACAACAACAGCAACAACAAUGCCACAAAGCUCAUCGAACGUCCUUUUAUGCUAAAACAUGCCUCGCGCAGUCUGAGCUCGGAGAGCAAUUGCGACAGCAAGUCGCCCUUUGUGCUGCAGACGCUGAAGCGCCUGGAGAAAUCGCAGUCCAUUCUGGUGAUACGCAACUCGACGUCGACGACGACGCCGCAGGCCAGCGGCAACAACAACAACAGCAACAACAAUGCGACGCAACAGCAGACGCAUGUGUUGAGCGUGUCGCGCAGCUCGAAGGCGUCCAAGGCGGUGGCUGCCACGCUGCAGAAGCUGAAGGCGCCGGCGGGGGCGGGGACAGCGGCAGCUGGUGGCACGACCAUAUUGAGACUGAGCAAGAGCGUCAACAAGCAGGUGGCAACAACAGCAACAACAGCAGCAGCAACAACAACGACAACAACAGCAGCAACAGCAACAACAACGACAACAAAUAAAGUGUCCAUGGGGCAGCCGCAAACGAAUGUGCCACUGGGGAACGAUGGCGAACCUAUCAAACUGCCCGACAAUUUGGAGAGCCUGCCAAGAGCCGACAGUUUCCCAUCGCAGCGACAUCGUUGGAAUACAAAUGAGGAAAUCGCAGCGAUUCUUAUCAGCUUUGAUAAGCACAGCGAAUGGCAAUCAAAAGAAGUCAAAACAAGACCGAAGAGCGGCUCCCUGCUGCUCUACUCGCGCAAGAAGGUGCGCUACAGACGCGACGGCUACUGCUGGAAAAAGCGCAAGGAUGGCAAAACGACCCGCGAGGAUCACAUGAAACUUAAAGUACAAGGCACUGAGUGCAUCUAUGGUUGUUAUGUACACUCGGCCAUAUUGCCCACAUUUCAUCGCAGAUGUUACUGGCUAUUGCAGAAUCCGGACAUUGUUUUGGUGCAUUAUCUGAAUGUACCCUAUCCGGAUGAUAAUAAAAUGGCCGUCAUUGCGCCGAGCAUCACGCUCUGGGGCGACAAGAAGGAGUGGACCAAGGAGGAGCUGGUUAGCCAGCUGAAGCCUAUGCUAUCCACAGUUAAUUCGGAUGAGGAUUCCGACUCGGGCAAUGAUAUAGAAAUUUCGACGGCCGAGACAGUCGAGUCAAUUGUAUGCCAGCUGAUGGAGAAGCAGCGUCUCUCGCGGCAGGCAGCGCUCGUCAAGCAGCUCGACUGCGGCUGCGGCGAUGCUGCCUGUGCGGAUGGGAAGACCUGCACGCAUCCCGUUAUGCGACGCACGGGCGGCAUACUGAAAUCCGUGUCGGAGAAGCGGCCCAAUGAUGCCUACAGCACGGCCAAUGGCACGCCCAAUGUUGUGGUGGCCAGCAAGCUAUAUUCGCGCUGGUCGGAGCGGCACAGGCAGCGUGAGGCGACGCUGCACUUGGACAAUCCGCACGCGCAGUUCCACAAUGCGACACAGCAGCUGCCGCAGGAGUCGGCGAUCAAGUUUCAAAUCAUUCCCCAGCAGCAGCAACAGCAGGCCAAUCACAGCGAGGCCAGCUAUCAGCAGCAAUAUCGUGCUGCCAAUCAGAUGCUGGCCACAAGAAACAAUCUGAUAAUACAGCAGCAGCAACAGCAACAACAACAGCAGCAGCAGCAGCAGCAGCAGCAGCAGCAGCAGCAACAGCAGCAGCAGCAGCAACAGCAACAACAACAGCAACAGCAAUAUCAACAGCAGCAGCAACACUUGAACUUGCAGCGCUUUGUGGCCAGUCACAAUCAGGGCAAUCAGAGUCAUAAUCAACACAGCAACAACAGCAACAACAACAGCUCAGCACAUUUAAAUCAUCGCCUGCAAAUUGCCAAUACAACAAUUACGGCAACAACAAGAGAGGCAGCCACAGCAGCAGCAGCAGCAACAGUCACUGCCUCAAAUGUCAUGGAUACGGAACUAAUUGAAAACCAAAGUCAGCAGUUGACCGCAAAUAGCAACAAAAUCAGCCACAACACAAAUAACAGCAGCAAUAAGCAAUUAACAGCAUCAGCAACAACAGCAGCAGCAGCUCACACAAACAACGAAUUAAAUGUCAACAACAACAGCAAUAAUUUUACAUACAAUCAGCAGCAGCAAGCGAAUGCUGCCAGCAACACACAGCAGCAGCAGCAGCAACAUUAUUAUAAAUUGCAACAGACAGCCACCCCCAGCAACAGCAACAACGGCAGCAGCAACAACGGCAGCAGCCAACCCCCAGUUGAGGCCAUGUGCAUGUCACCUGAGCAUCAGAGCAGCGGCGGCAGCAGCAACAAUCAGCUCACAGCAACGUCUUCCGCUGGCAGCAACACUCCUUCCACGUCCAGCUCCAGUUCCUUACAGUCGAUUAUCGAUGGCAAUCAGCAGCAACAAAUUACAACGACAACAACAGCAGCAACAACAACACCAACAGCAGCAGCAGCAGCAGCAACAAUUUGUGAUAAUUUAAUGAGCGCCAAUGCGCACGCUGAGCUGGAGUUGGGCAGCAGCAGCGACCAGCAGCAGCAACAGCAGCAACAGCAGCAAGGCAGCAGCAAUAACUACAACAGCAACAACAAUCAGGCCACGGAAGCCCACAUACUCAAUGGUUGUGCCAAUUACAGUGCUUCCAGUGACAACAGCAGCCAAAUAAGCGCCAGCGACGAAAGCAGCAAUCCAAAUAUCAACAGCAACAACAACAAUCACAACCCUAACAACAGCAACAGUCGCAGCCCCAGCAGCAGCAACAGCAACGAGGAUGAGCCGCAGCAGGCGGAGUCGAUGAGCUUUUUCAAUGAGACGCUCGAUUUGUCGCACGAGGAUAUACAGCGCACACUCAUCGCCAAUAUGCCCUACAGCAGCAGCAGCAACAGCAACAAUGUGACACCAACAGCAACAGCAGCAACGACAGCAGCAACAGCUGCCAGCAGCAACAGCAACAAUAUUGAAACGCAGCAGCAACAACAACAAGAGGCGCACAGUUCACGCGAGGAUGAGGAUACGGCGGAUGUGUUCGCCCAUCUGGAUGCCUUUGAUAUGCUGGUGGAGUUCCCCGAACUGGAUCUGGAUGACAAGCAGGCGCUGAAUAACACGGCGCUCGAGCAGGUCCAUAGCCAGGCCGGCGGCGUUAGCUCAUAUCAGGGCGUUGCCACGCCCACGCAGGCGACGCAGCGCAAGCUGCUUAACAUUUGCGAUUUCAGUCCGGAAUGGUCGUACACGGAGGGCGGUGUCAAGGUGCUCGUUGCCGGACCCUGGACCAGCGAUGGCGGCUGUUAUACGGUCCUGUUCGAUGCACAGCCCGUGCCCACGGUUCUGGUGCAGGAGGGCGUCCUCCGCUGCUAUUGCCCCGCCCACGAGGCGGGUCUGGUCACCCUGCAGGUGGCCUGCGGCGGCUAUUUGGUCUCGAAUGCGGCCAUGUUCGAGUAUAAGCUGUCGCUGCUCGCGGAUGCGCCCUUCGAUGCGAGCAGCUCCAACGAUUGCCUGUACAAGUUCACGCUACUGAAUCGCCUCUCCACCAUCGACGAGAAGCUGCAGCUCAAGCUGGAGAACGAGCUAACGAUCGAUCAGACCUCGCUCUUUCUGGAGCCCAACUUCGAGGAGAAGCUGGUGCUCUAUUGCCACCGGCUGACGAAGCACGCCUGGAGCGCGCCCAGCACCGGGGCCAAUUGGAGCGUGGGUCUGCGCGGCAUGACCCUGCUGCAUCUGGCCGCCGCCUUGGGCUAUGCCAAGCUGGUGGGCGCCAUGCUCAACUGGCGCGCCGAGAAUCCACAUAUCAUACUGGAGACGGAACUGGAUGCGCUCAGCCAGGAUGUGCAUGGCUUUACGCCCCUGGCCUGGGCCUGUGUGCGUGGCCAUUUGGAGUGCACACUGCUGCUCUACAAAUGGAAUCACAAUGCUCUAAAGAUUAAGACGCAGGCGCACCACACGCCACUCGAUCUGGCCAGCCUUAAGGGCCACAAGCAGCUCAUCCAGCAGCUGUGCCGUCUGGAGAAGGAGCGCUGCCGCAAGCCGCAGCUGCGCGGUGGUCUGGCCAAUCUCUCCAUGAAUCUGGCCGUCGAGGCAACCACGGAGGAGUCCAGCUAUAGCGUCUACGAGCUGGAACUGCAGCGCCGACACGAUGGUGUCUUCCUGCGACCCGUAGCGCUGCACAGCAAUCAAAGUCCGCCAAAUAACAGCAGUCGCUACUCGAAGCGUUCCUCGAUUGACAGCGGCAUCAACAUGGACAUGCGCAGCAAACCCGGCAAGCCGCUCGCCAGGCUGCAUGGAAACUUUGAGCCGCACGACAGCUAUGCGCUGGGCGUGGACUCGCCGCUGGACUCGCUGAGCGGCAACAAUUGCUCCGGCUUGUUGUCGCCGCUGCGUAAAAUGGAUUUUGCACUGUGCGAGGUAUCCACGGGCGAGUCGAGUCCCAUUAACGAGAAAAGCAUCGAUUGCGAUGAGAAUUCGACGAGCGUGACCGACACAACCCUAAACAAUGGGCUCAACGAUGCUGUCGUAGGGGAUUCGGAUGCAAAGGUUCUGACGCUGGCGGAACACAUUAUCGCCGCCAUGCCGGAGCGCAUCAAGAACGAAGCGGAUGAGAUGAUGGUGCUGGGCAGUCCGCUGACGGAGCCGCUCACCUCGGAGUCCUCGGCUCUGACAGAUAGCUUCAUGGAUCCGCUGCUCGACUCGCUGCCCAACACGCAUUUCGACAGCGAUUUCAGUUUCGAUUUUCAGGAUCACAGCUAUCGCUAUCACGAUGUGAGCACGCCCUGCUCCAGCCUGAGCCCGGCCAGCUCGGGGCCAUUGCAAUCGCCGGCCAGCUACUCCAUACUGGGCACCGAUCCCUCGGUCAGCUCACCAAGUCCGCCGCCGUCGACCAAACAGCUAACGGAGUUCCUGCACGCCUCGAGCAUAUCCCAGUAUCCGUUCGAGGCGGACUUCUCCAAGCUAACGCUGACGGACACCGAGCAGCGGGAACUGUACGAGGCGGCCAAGUGCAUACAGAAGGCGUAUCGCUCGUACAAGGGCCGCCAGAAGCUGGAGGAGCAGAACAAGGAGCGCACGGCCGCAAUCGUAAUACAGAACUAUUAUCGCCGCUACAAGCAAUACGCCUACUACAGGCAGAUGACCAACGCGGCGCUGGUCAUCCAGCACGGCUAUCGCUCGUAUCGGCGGAACAAGCGCUUCAAGAAGUCGCAGCUGGGCGGCACGGGCAGCGAACACGGCAGCGUGAGCAGCAACUCGCAGUGCCUGUCCAGCUUCUAUGAUCACUUCAAGCAGGAUCAGCAGCAGCAGCACGAGCUCGGCUCACAGCCCAGCACGCCCAAGGAGACGAGUCCGUCGGGUCCCUUGAAACGUACUUAUUCCCAGUCAACACAAAACCAGGCUGCCAGAAAAAUACAACAGUUCAUGAGACAAUCACGCAUCAACAUUUGGGAUGGCAACUUGACGACUUUGACUACAGAGAGAGCGAGCCGAAAAAGAGAAGCUGGUGCACCAACGCAGGGCGGAAUACCUUCAAAACUUGCAGUAUCAAGGGCAGCAGGAAAUGUCGGUAUGCCAUAGUGAAAACAGCAACAAUCUGCAGCACAUGCAACCCAAUCAAUGAGCGCAGCUUGCAACUGAGUGAAUUUUAAGCUUAGCAGAAGGGAGAAGCGAGCGAGCGAGAAGCGAUAUAUAAAACUAUGUUCAAUAAGAAUUUAUUAAUAGCUUUAACAACUGAGUGAAACUUUCUACUUUCAUAAUUGUUUAUUAAGACACGCAGCACCUCUUGUAGUGGAACUUUCGUUUCUUACUUUAUAUGAUAUACGAUAUAUAUACAUAUAUAUCUAUAUAAAUUGUAGUAGCAAGAUCUGCACUUUUAUUCAUUUGCAUAACGAAUUUUAACAAAUGUACGGUACUUUAAUAUAUAUAUAUAAUUGUACUAAACGAUUAAUUUUGAAACUUUGUAAACGUAGCAUAUGUUAGGUUUAGAAUUUUAUAUAUACAAACAUAUAUACUAUAUAAUGAAAAUUCUUCACAAGAGAGAGAGCUCUACUUUUCCAUUUGUCAACUCAAAAGAACUUAUUAACGAAGCCUUCGAAAACUUUUUAACUCCAAGUGUAGCAAAGAAAAUUAAGUCUAUGAUAAAUACUUAAACCUAAACCAAUACAAAUAUAAAUAUAAAUAUAUAUGCCUAUAUAAAAGUAGAUACAUUUGUAUAUAUAUAAUUAGCUCUAAUUGAAAACUUCAAAACUAGUCUAUUUUAUUGUAUUUUGAAUUCAGCUCUGCGUACUAAGCUUGUUUCUAAAACAGCGUGUAAAAUCUAAAGCAUUAUUUCUCGAUUUUAAUAUAUAUAUAGAGUUAUAUAGUAUUAUAUUAACUGUGCUUUUACUUUAAAGCUCAGCUCGAAAGUCCAAUGUUGUUGUUGAUUUCUAAAAUCAAAGAGCUAGCUAGCAGCAGCGAAAACAAAAUAUCAUGUUGAAAACAUUGCUAGUUGAUCUUUUCCUUUGUUUUCUUUGAUCAUUUUCCACUAAGAACUCGAUGCUAAUUUGUUUAAUGCAAGUACUUAAAGCCAAGUCUGGAACUUUGUGUGACUUUGUAGUCUAGCAAUUAAAUAAAGCAAUAUGCAUGCAAAACCACAAAAAAAAAAAAAAAGAAUUAACAACAA